AAAGAUUUCGCGCGAAAACUGCCCGACCUUGUUUCGAUGUAGAUCAGCUGGGACAAUAACAACAAUAACAGCGGGGUCGCGACAGGGCUUUUGUGCGUGGACGUGGCACAGGGAGAUGCACUCGGUGGAGCCACGGCUGGACUUUUAAACGAAUUCCUGGUUUUAUUUCACCGCAUUGCUUUGCUUGUAUAUCCAGUUCCAGCUUCCUGCGUGCCCCAACAAAACGAGGGGGUUGAAGAACUGCGGCUAGCGCUAACAUGCUAAUCAGAUCCGGACUUUUGCAGACGCAGAUGAAGACUUCUGUGUAAUCUCCAUUCGGAUGCCUGUCCUUUUGGGGGCUCGUGCUCUGAAACAUCCACCGUUUGCAUCGUUUUGUUAUUUUUGCCUGUUAGCCUACUCUUGUAAAGCAGUUAUAAAGUUGUAAUAGCGCUUACAGUAAGCCGUGCUUCUUGUUUAACCAUUUCAAUUGCAGAUUAAACUUAUAAAUAUCUGCUUUGAAAGACAGAUUGAUAACAUAUAUCACUCAUAUUUUGACUCGGAUCUGCGCUAGCGUAUUAGCAUUGCUGUGUAGUUUUGUCUGUGACAGUGUGGCCAGGCCUCGGUGUGCACUGUACUGACAGGACACAUGAAAACAAAAGAUUAGCCUGUUCUCCUGUUAGCCCGCUAAUCUAAAGCAUUUUUGCCGUAUGGCUUUGUAAACGAGGAUCAGUUUGACCACACUUUUAUAAUAGAGUUGCAAACGGAUAUGCUGCUUUGCAUUUAGCUGCGUUAUUAUAUUUGACAAAUUUUCUGUUUGUAUUUCAAUACGUCUUUUUGCUGUUCAUCGGUCAAAUUGUUUAAAUCAACUUUAUAAAGUACUUGUAGACUAUUAAUAUGUAUUUGUACAUAUGUGAAUCCCACCUUAUUCAUUAGAAAGAAAUUGGUAAAAUUGUAUCAUUUGUAAACCAGAAAUUACAGGCAUAACCUUGAAAACAUAAAUGAGAAUUCUACAAAUGCAUUCAGCGUUGUACCCCUCAGCCUUGUAAGCCCAGAGCCUGCAUUGCAUUGCCCAGGAGAACAGGUUUUGCCAUGUCAGAGACUCUGAUAACUGGACACACAUCGGAGGACCUGUUGGCAGACUUCGAGACUUUGCUGAACUCAGGGACUAUAGAGCUGGGAGAGGACCACCAGAUUGUGAUCAUCACUAGCCCAGGCCAUGAGGGACUACACCCUACUGCUGCCCCAACCAGCACAGGCGAAAUCCUGCUGUUCGCCACACCACAAGGACCCCCUAAUGGUGCCACUCAAGACAAGAGACGACCCACUCUUGGAAGGCCACCGGUGAAGAGGAAGUUGGAUCUGGACAGUGAUCAUCAGUAUGUGAGCACCACCAGACCCUCCACGGCUCCCCCCUCUACUCCCGCCCCUCCCCGAGUUCCUCGAAUCAUCUCAGAGAAAUCCCGUUACGACACAUCUUUAAACCUCACCACCAAGCGCUUCCUGGACCUCCUGUCCCAGUCAGCUGAUGGGGUGGUGGACCUCAAUUGGGCCUCACAGGUGCUGGAUGUCCAAAAGAGGAGAAUAUAUGACAUAACCAAUGUUCUGGAGGGCAUUCAACUCAUCUCUAAGAAAUCCAAGAACCAUAUCCAGUGGCUUGGGAAUCGUAUUGAUGGGGAGGCCGUAUCCCGUCAGAAAGCUUUACAGAGAGAAGUAUGUGACCUGACAGACACAGAGGAGAGGUUGGAUGAGUUGAUAAGCAAAUGCAGUCUACAACUGAGACUGCUCACAGAAGAGCCACAAAAUAAGAAAUUGGGAUACGUGCGGUGCCAGGACUUGAAGAAGUCUUUUGACUCUCCAGAUCAGCUGGUGAUGGUCGUCCGAGCUCCUCCAGAGACACAGAUGCAGGUUUCUGAGCCCAGCGAGGGUUACCAGGUGUCUCUGAAAAGCACACAAGGUCCGAUUGAUGUCUUCCUCUGCCCUGAAGACAGUUCUGGAGUCUGCAGUCCAGUUACAGGGAGCAGUCCUCUCAAACCCAAUGGAGAUGUGUCUCUCACCCCUCAUCCCACUGACCAGUCACAGUCCAGGAUUUCAGCAUCAGCCUUAGAAGUGGGUCUAUCCUCUCCAGCCUCCACCUGCUCCACAGCAACAGCAGCCUCCCAGCAGGACCCCUGCAGUCUGUUAGGGGGAGACACAGAGUCCCUAUUGGGAGGAGACCCCUUCCCUGGAUUGGGCGACAUGGCAGACUUUGAUUUUUCUCCUUUGUCUUCUUCGGACUUCCUCAGUGGAGAUGGACUUCCUCUCCCAUUGGACGGUUUUAUUAACCUUUCUCCUCCUCACAAUCAUGACUACCACUAUGGCCUGGAGGACCAUGAAGGCAUUAGUGAACUGUUUGACUGUGAGUUUGGGGACCUCUCCCAGGUUUUAGGGGAAACCUGAAAGAGGCACUCACUGGCAGAAUUCAUGAGUAAAUGAAUGUUCGGCUGUACAGAGCAUUUUAUUCUCUUCCAGAAUUGUACAGCAGAUGAUUAGCACUUCUUGGCCAUUUAAACCUUUUAGACUAUGUUCUUAGCUUUAGCCUAGCUAUUUAAAUUAUUUAUGUGAGUAUAUAAUUUGGAUAUUUUGUACCAAGUUGGGUUUUGUUUUUGUUAAUGUUUUUUGGAUAGUGCAGGUGUUUCAGGGCUUGGAGUGCUGCUUUGCUCUUCAGUUACAUUUCACCACAUACAUGUAUUUAUGUAUCGCUCAAACAUUCAGGGUGACGUUCUGAAGAAAUCAGUCUCGGUUGUAGAGAUGUAUGGCCCCGCCUUCCAAAAGCAGCACAGUGCAGUAGAUAUUUUAAACUGAAAGGAUUCAUAUCCAGAUAUGACAUGUGCAGUAGUAUGCUCAUGAAGUAGAGUAACUUUGAAAUAAAUUUUAAGAGAUGGUAUGGUAAUAAGACUUCAAGCAGUUGCUCUUUUAAAAUUUAAGGUUAAAGUUGAUAUCUACUCAGUAGCAAAAAACAGCUGACCUAUUGGAAUUAAAUUAUAUUUUUGUUGUUGUCAGUAAAAUCAGGUAAAACUUUGUUGAAUGUUAAUGGUGUGAGGAAACCAGGAGUUGCUACAGUUAACAGAUAAGGGUUCAGUAAGUUUAGUCUCAUUUAGUCUUAGUUUCCGGUGUUUGGAGGUGGCAGAUAUGUUUUAAUCCAAAUAUGUUCGAGUGUAUGGUAAAUAAUCUAUGGUCUUAAAUGGAAAUGCAUGUUGUCUUACACAUCAGCAAGUAAGUGGGAUUGCAAAUGGUGUUUCUUGGCAUUGAAUGGCUCUAAAACAUAAAAACUGACUAUUUCUUUGCUAGGUUUAAGCCCUGGGAAAUCAGGCUAAAUGACUGUCAGUAAUAUUUUAAAUCACAAGAAAUUCACCAGCGGGAAUGCCUGUGCUCAUUCCCGCUGGUAAUAACAAAAUGCUUCAUCAUCUUUCAUUUAUUAAUCUACUGUCUUUUAAGUACAAUCUGCUUUCCAUAUCAGCGUGGCUCCUAGAAUAGCUCCUGGAAGUGACCGUUUUGUUAUGGUCAAACUCAAAUAUCCUGCUUUUGUUAUCAGCAUCUCCAGGUCAAGUUUAGUUCAUACUAUGCAUCAAUGACUUACACUUGUCUCACAUGUUCAGUACAUACUUCAUAUAUUUCAUCAAACUCUUCUCCAUUAUAUGUUCAAAAUGUCAAUAUUUGUCUCUUACAUCAUGUACUCAAUGUUUGAAGAUGAGAAACUGCAUUUUGAAUAAUAGUGUAGUUAGAAAUGCCUUAUUUUUAAGUUAUGUAAGCUAACAUGUUUGAUUUGAUUGAAUUUAAAUAUUUUGUUUGUGUUAUGUUAUGUGUGUUCAAUUUAUAUAUUUAUUUAAAUGGGGUCUGUUAGAGAAAUUGUACAAGAUUUAUCAUUGUUUUGACCUUUUCACAGGGGGAGUUGUUUAAUUAUGUUUGUACCUUAACCAUUUGUACGUCUGGUUUAGCAUUUUGUAAACGAGGUUCUAUAAGAAUUCACCUGGUUUGACUGUGGUCCACAAAUGUAUUCAUGGCUUACAUACAUAGUUUUCACUUUAAAUCCAUCUGGUAAUGUAGAAAUAUCCUUAUUUAAGGUGGUAGUUUGGGAUAGCAGUCUCAUUGUCUCCUUUUACAAAAUACUGGGCUCUCUUAUCUGACCUAUCAAUAUAUGAGUAAUUUGCUUUCAGUACUCUUUUGCUGUCUACAGAUAUGCUGUUUUAAUAUCAUGAUCUACGUUUGUUGGACUGCGUUUUGAUGGUGGCUUCUGAAGUAUAAAUGUAAUCUUUGAAUGUGCUGGAAUGGUAACAGACAACCUGUUUUCACAAUAUUCUUUGACAAAUUUGCACCAGUUGGUCUCAAGUCACUGUUUUUGUCCAAAUGAAACUAUUAUGCUAAAUUGAUUGUCCAUAGCCAUUUAAUAGAAAAAUUAAUGUAAGAUGUGAUUGAUACCAACCCUUGUUCUGACACGAUUUUAAGGGACACUGUUUUAAUCAGAUUUUACAGUAACUUCCCCUAUUUUUGCUAUAAAUCUUAUUUUUGUUGUUACAUAUUGGGUAAACUAUUUUGUACUUACAAUUAUUGAGAAAACUAUGCCCUUUUGUAUCAGUUGUGGACAAAAAUAAAAAAAAUAUUAAUUUCUU